AGCGUCCAGUGAGGUGUGUUACCAUUCAGAGCCAUGCUACGGAUGAACAUACACCUCUGAUGGUCCUCCUUUCUCUGACCUUCACAAUGGAGGCCAGGCCAGGAUCCUGUAGUCUUAUGGCUGAAGCAAAAUGCCUGUUCCUGGUGAGAUGAAUGGCGCUGGCAGUCCAGAGAUGAGCAUUAAGGAUGUAGUGGAUGGUGUCGUUGCCACACCCUAAUUUACAGAGACAAUCUGGACUGAAUUAACUGAAGACCCGAAGAGGUGCAGGACUAUCAAAGCUGAGAAAGAAAGCAUUUGAAGACAUUGCUGUGUCUGUGGUCCAACGUGGGCAUGUGGAGUAGUUUUAUGUGGAUGUCUGAAGAUGCUGACGAUCACUAACUCCACCCUCUUUUUGCUGCAGAUAAACGUGCUGAGGAUACUUUAUUGCGAGGCACUGCCAUGGCAGUGGAGGUCUGCUUGAGUAUUCAGUCAUACAACAAUCCAUCCUCAGUGGAGUCCCCUACCCCUUCAUGGAGUCAGUCAGGACACCCCAGUCGAAGUACACGUUGGUGGGUGAGGUGAUACGUCACAUCAUCCCUGGACCCACACAAUGCUCCAUAGGGUGUGGAGGUCAAAACUGCAAGUAUGAGAACCCUGACCGCUGGAGCAAGGACAUGCAAGCCAUCAAAGGCCUCUACUCCUCUUGGGUCACGGAAAACCUACUUGCCAUGGCCAGACCAUCUACGGUAUUAAUAGAAAAGUACAACAUUAUUGACCAAUUUAAAAGAUGUGGCCUGAAGACAGUGAUAAACCUGCAGAGACCUGGGGAACACGCCAGCUGUGGUCCCAAUGCACUGGAACCAGAGAGUGGAUUCUCCUACCGACCUGAGGUCUUCAUGGAGAACAACAUAUAUUUCUACAACUUUGGUUGGAAUGACUACGGGGUGGCCUCCCUCACAUCUAUCCUGGACAUGGUGAAGGUCAUGUCCUUUGCGAUGCAGGAGGGGAAAAUGGCUGUCCACUGUCAUGCUGGUCUGGGAAGAACAGGCGUGUUGUUAGCGUGUUACCUGGUUUUCACCACCAGGAUGACCGCUGACCAGGCCAUCGUGUUUGUACGUUCCCAACGACCCAACUCCAUCCAGACCAGAGGUCAGCUGUAUUGUGUGCGGGAGUUUGCCCAGUUCCUUGUCCCUGUCAGGAGUAUUUUCUCCUGCACUGAGCCCAGGACUAACCCCAUCACCCUGUCCCAGUUCCUGACCCGCCAGGGACACAUGCUGCAUGGCUAUGAGCGCCGGGAGCUCAGGCACCUGCCCAAGAUCAUCCAGGUGAUCUGCAAGCUGUUGUUGGACAUCGCUGAGAACCGGCAGGUCAUCGAGGAGGAUAUGCUGGACGUCUCUGACAUGACGGCCGAGGAGGAGAUGGAGUUUGAGCGCUAUCGCGACUUUGGAUUCACCAAGGGCAGCUUCGGGGGAGGCGGUAUGGGAGGGCAGCCCCGUUUACCGGGACCCCCAACCAAACCCCGGCACGCCAACGAACCGCCCCUGUUCUACCACCGCAAGAGCCUGAGCUACAGCGAGUCAGACCUGCGGAGGCUGGGCUCUGAGCUCAACCUGCCGACCCUACCUUUCUCUAACUCGCUGUCCGCUUGCAACGUGUCUGUGGCCUGUUCUCCCUCCCUGAACUCCCUGCCUAGGACCCCGGCCACAGGCAGCUCCCAAGAUGGAUCCCUCUGGGAGCAGAAGAGCCUUGCGGAGGGAUCACCGCUCCUAAAGAAGACACAGAAAGCCUGCCAGCGCAGCGAGUCCGAGUGCAACCCCGUGAAGAAAGGGUAUGGCAGCAUGUUGUUUAGGUGGAAGGAGGAGCAGAGGGACAAGUUAGCCAACAAUGGGGAUGCGUCCCAGGUGUCUCAGAUAGAGGAGUCAGAGGUGCCCUUCAUCACCAUCCAGACAGAGCUGUCCAAGGAGGCCAGGCGGCUGCUGGUGGCCCAGGCUCUGGCUGUGGAUCUGGAGCUGGAUGGAGAGGAGGAGCACAGGGAGAGACUACAAGCCUGGCAGUCAGAGUUGAACAUGGGAGGGGCAUGGGAGAGGCUGUGUACAUUGGAGAAGGACCCGUUUGUGCUGUCUGGGCUGAUGUGGACCUGGCUGGAGCAGCUGAAGGAGCCAGUCAUCUCCAUCAAGGAUGUACAGAAACUGGACCAUAACAACAGGGACCCUGCAAACCCAGAGGCUGUCUUCAAUCCACUGGACCAGGCUCCCAGGGAGAUGUUGGUGUGCAUUCUGGACUGUAUGGCUCAUGUUCUCACCAUACCAGAGGAGGUGGAGGCUGCUUUCCUGGAGCGCACCAUCAAGGCUUUUACAAAGAUGGGAAAAGGCUCAGCGGUGUAUCCGGCCAUGACAGAGAUCCUCAGGCUGGUCCUACACGACAUGAGGUUUAUAGCCAUAGAGGAGGAUGAGCUACCAGAUAUGGCGCCCAUCCCUACUGUGCUGAUCUCAUAAACCUGCUGUAUUCUGUUCCAGACCAUCCCUUGCUAUAUGAACACAUAUGUUGUGCCUUUCUGCGCAGUUUGGAUAGUUUUGAAUCUACUGUUUUC